GCAAGACCUCAUGUUGAUACACAAGUUGUAUAUAAUCCCAACUCUCCCUUCGGAUAUAUCGAUGGAAUAGCAGAUCACCAAGUCAGUCGCUCAUCUCCUACCAGUCUCGUGCUUUCACGUUCAUCAUGCUUUCCAAUUUCAUCACCUCCAGCCUGGGGGCGUUCCUCCUUGCUUCUCUCGCUCAUGCCAACCCCAUUCGUUCGGUUGAGCAAAGGCAGACAGGUUGCGGUACCAAUGGUAUCGGCAACAGAGAAUGCUGGAACGGAGACUUCAACAUCGACUCCGAUUUCGAGAUCUUGACACCGCCUCAGGGAAAGUUGAGAACCUUUGACUUCACCCUGAGCAAUCUGACCGAUGUUGCACCAGACGGCGUACACAAGCCGGCCAUGUUGAUCAACAACCAGUUCCCGGGUCCUACUAUCGAGGCGGAUUGGGGUGACACCAUCCAAAUCAACGUUCACAACCAACUCCAGAACAACGGUACCUCCUUCCACUGGCAUGGCAUGCAUCUGCGUGGUCACAACGACCAAGAUGGCGCCAACGGUGUUACGGAGUGCCCCAUUCCUCCUGGACAAAGCAAGACGUACUCUUUCCAGUUGACUCAGUACGGUACAUCAUGGUAUCACAGCCACUUUUCCGCCCAGUACGGCAACGGCGUUGCAGGCGCCAUCCAGAUCAACGGACCGGCGUCCGCUGACUACGACAUUGACCUCGGCCCAUUUGUUAUCAGCGAUUGGUACUACGGAACUGCAGACAACCUGCUGCGUCAGGCCGAGCUUGUGCCAGCCCGCCCGCCGCCCAGCGACAACAUUCUCUUCAACGGCAAAAACAUCAACCCACUCGGCGCCGGCGGUCAGUACCAGAAGACGAGGCUGACCCCGGGCAAGAAGCACCGUCUCAGACUCAUCAACACCUCCGUCGACAACACUUUCACCGUCUCCCUCGUGGGCCACAGCUUCACAGUCAUUGCUACCGAUCUUGUUCCUGUCAAGCCUGUCACCAAGGACAGCCUAUUCAUGACUGUCGGCCAGCGGUACGAUGUGAUCAUUGAAGCAAACAAGGAAAUUGAGAACUAUUGGUUCAACGCGACUCUCGGAGGCGGUGGUCUUUGCGGCGAGUCGCAUAACCCUCACCCAGCUUCCAUCUUCUUCUACGAUGGAUCUCCGGAUAGACUGCCCGUCGACCAAGGCACACCUCCCGCCAACUUGGGGUGUGCUGAUACCACCGGAUUCACUCCUGUGCUUUCCCGAACGGCUCCCUCAGACAAGUUUGACCCGAGCAAGACGCUAGACAUUGAACUGGCAACGCCGACGAUCAACGGCGCAGCCGUCUAUCGUUGGAAGGUCAAUGGUAACGACAUUGACAUUCAGUGGGAUAAGCCGACUCUGGAAUACGUUGCCGAGGGCAACAACUCCUGGCCGGAACGUGCCAACAUCAUCGAGAUCCCCGAGGCCAAUGACUGGACUUGGUGGGUGAUCGAGAACCCGGGUAUUCUGCCGCAUCCCAUCCAUCUCCACGGCCACGACUUCUUGCUGCUCGGCACUGGCAGCGGUACAUUCAGCGGCUCAGAGGGACUCAACUUUGAGAACCCCACCCGCAGAGACGUUGCACAACUCCCUGGCGCUGGCUGGAUGGUGAUCGCAUUCAAGACGGACAACCCAGGCGCCUGGCUUAUGCAUUGCCACAUCGCUUGGCAUGUGAGCAUGGGUCUCAGUGUUCAAUUUCUCGAGCGGAAGAGCGAAAUCGCUUCGACGCUCGAUCUGGCAUCGAUCAAACCAACUUGCGAUGCUUGGAGGAAGUAUGAGCCCACCGCAGUGUGGCCCAAGCAUGAUUCUGGAUUGUAAGAAGAACGUCGCCUCGGGCUGGCUGAGAACACAGACAGCAGUUGUGGCGUCCAAUUGCUGAGAGGGACGACUGCGAUGUGGUGGCCUGUCAACACGAGAGCACCAAGCCAGUCUGGCGCCUCAGCCUCCAACGU